UGUGUUCACGCCUCGAUGCCGCCGAAGUAAAAGCGACACAGAACCGCGUGGAGCGAGAAAGAUUUCAGAAAGGAAUCAUCCUUAAAAGUCAUUCAUAUUUGGCCUUAACAAGGAUAAAAGACUUUAAUAAUAAUUGUAAUGUCUCGGUACAUGAGACCGCCGAACAGCUCUCUGUUCGUCCGCAAUAUUUCCGACGAGUCCCGGCCAGAGGAUCUGCGGCGAGAGUUCGGCCGCUACGGCCCCGUCACCGACGUCUACAUCCCCCUAGACUUCUACUCACGCCGGCCCAGAGGAUUCGCUUACAUUCAGUUCGAGGAUGUCCGGGAUGCAGAGGAUGCUUUGCUCAAUCUGGACAGGAAGUGGGUCUGUGGACGGCAGAUCGAGAUCCAGUUCGCUCAGGGCGACCGCAAGACGCCGGGGCAGAUGAAGUCCAAGGACCGGCAGUCGCCACGCAGCCACUCACGAUAUGAUGACUACGAUCGGCGCAGACGCUCACGCAGCCGCGACAGACGCAGGUCUCGCAGCCCGUCGUAUGACAGGCGCCGCAGACGAUCCCAGAGCCCUAGAGACAGGUCCAGAGGAGGAACACACCGCAGACGCAGCCGAGAACACGACAGGCCCAGGCCCUCCGCACGCGACCGGAGCCGAAGCCCCGCCCACUCCAAGAGCAGAGGCGGAGCUCGGUCGCGCUCCAGGUCCAAGUCCAGCAGCCCGCGGGAAACCAGCCAACUCCACACAGAGACUCUGGACGCUGCUGAGGAGAAGACGCAGACACGCUCCCCUUCUAGAUCCCGCUCCAGAUCCCGCUCCAGAUCCCGCUCCUGGGCCGGACGCAAGUCCUGGGGGCAUUAGAGCCCAUCCAAACCUGUUGAGGUUUUGUUGUUUGCGUGAAUGUCUUCGAGUGACAGCCAUCUGUCUGUUUUUUUGUUUUGUUUUUUUAAUAAGGAGAGGCAAUCAAACCAUCGCCUGUUUUAGCGCACGCAUCUGUUAACGGCUGCAGUGUUAGCAUUGAUUAUGUCUGUGCAGUUUAGUUUAUAAGCGCAGCUGCGCAGAAUGAGAGAUGAAAAUCGCCUCAAUAUUUUUGUAUGAGAUUUUUGUUUUAGUUGACCAGUAAUGGCCAUCCAUUUAAAACGGUCUUCCAUGAGUGUCUCGGAUGUGUUUUAUUGUGAAAUCUGCAGGCCUUUUACAUGUAACCUCAGAAUGAAAUAAAUUUCUUGUGCACCA